UCAGACAUACGGUAUUUAUACUGUAUCCGGUCCGGAGCAUUUCCGGUUUGGUAUGUUAGAUUGCAACACGAAAUGACAACAAUAUGAACAUGGCGAGCGGGGAAGCACAUGGUGGAGUUGGUAACGUUUUAGGGAAUUUCAAAGAUAAUCUCGAACUUGUCAUCACACAGAUUAAAGGAGGUGAAACUGAACGUGAAUCUAAUGAUGAUUUUGAUGCCAAGCAGAAUGAAUACUGGACAAAAGUUGGCUCAGUGUUCAAGUCUUUAUCCCAUGAGGCAACCAAACUGUCGUUAGCAUUUUCAUCCCCGCCUCUGCCAGACCCAAAGACAUGUAAAUCCCUGGUGGACAUGUGUGAGAGAGCCACAUUGGGCCUGGUCUCCCUGUUCUACAGCCUUCCCAAAUCACAGGGACUGUGCCUGAGGAAAUCUCUCAAGUCGGCCGUGCUCAGUGUGUUACAAGACUUACAGAGUUUGAUAUCUGUUCUGCAUAAUGAUGGUGCUGGGUCUCCAGAACAACUACAGUCGACUGGCAUGGUGUGGCAAGACAGGUUUUCCAAUCUUCCUAAAGAUAACAAACAAGCAGUGUUGGAGCUGAUGAAGGUAGCAUCUGAGUUGGUGAAGGAUGCCCUAAGUGAAAUGGAAGAAGCUGUGGAGAACGGACCAGCAAAUGAUCUGGCAGAGGUGUUCGGGUCAGAAAUGGAUGAACCCUCCAAUGAGGAUACAUGGUCGGAGACUGAUCAGACGUUACUAGGUCCAUGUCUAGGCCUCCUGAAGACAACACGAUCGCUACUGAAGAAGUCACAUGAGAGUGUCAGUAAGAGGUCUACAUGUCACAGUGAAGAACAGGUGUCACAGUUGGAUGACUUGGCAGAUUUUGUUGGGCGCCUCAGUCCAGCGGUGGAUGAGUUCGCUGCUAGUCUCUAUCCCCCUAUGAAAUACUCAACUGUAUAUGAAAACGUAAGUUUCAAGAUUUUGGAAAUUUAG